GAGAGAGAGAGAGAGAGAUUGGUUGGUUCCUGAUACCGAGACACGGAAAAACAGGGAGGGGAGGGAGAAAUACAGAAGACGAGCGCUGAGAGACGGAGAGCGAGCGCGAGCGAACGAGGGAAUUACACUGACGUUCACACGCGCGUUGCGCGAGACAAACUAACUACUGAUAUUUUUGACGUGCUCACUAUUUCAAUCCUAUCAAGACCGACAAAUUGGGGCUCCGAAGCAUCGACAUCGCGCUAACCCAGAACUCAUGGGUUAACAGGGUGCUGGUAGGUGUUUGUUGUAGCAAGGAGCCCAUCCACCUGUCUCUCACUCCUGGGACAUAAAACACACCUCUAAAGACACUAUGCACAAGACUCUGUUCAGGAGAAGCAGCCAACCAUUAGUCCAAUGAAUAAUCGGAAGGAAGACAUGGAGAUCACGUCGCACUACCGGCAGCUCCUUCGCGAGCUGAACGAGCAGCGGCAGCACGGCAUCCUGUGCGACGUGUGUGUGAUUGUGGAGGGCAAGAUCUUCAAAGCACACAAGAACGUGUUGUUGGGCAGCAGCCGCUACUUCAAGACACUUUACUGCCAGGUGAAAAAAGGCACCGAGCAACAGGCCACCAUCACGCACCUGGACAUAGUCACCGCUCAAGGCUUCAAAACGAUUCUUGACUUCAUGUACUCUGCACACUUGGCGCUUACGAGCAAGAAUGUAAUUGAGGUGAUGUCGGCUGCGAGCUACCUGCAGAUGACCGAUAUUGUCCAGGCGUGUCACGGCUUCAUCAAAGCGGCGCUAGACAUCAGUAUUCGGUCUGAGCUUGCGGACGAACUAGCGGAUAUUGAGAUGGGCAAUGUAGUGAGUUCUAUUGGAGUUGGGGCUGGGCCCGGUGUGGUUGGGGCCUCGGAGGCAUUGGCGUCUAUGAUCUCUGGUCGCAGCUCUUCACCAUGGUUGGCCAGGCGCACUAGCCCGGCAAACUCAUCUGGAGAUUCAGCCAUCGCCAGCUGCCACGAAGGCAGCAGCAGCUACGGCAAAGAGGACCAGGAACCCAAAAGCCAUGAGAGCCAAGAGGAUGCUUGUUUGCAGCCCUUGUGGCCUACUGAUUACCGUUCUGUCCAGGUCAAAGAGGAGCAGGUCUCCCCCUCCAAUCUGCAAGAUGGGGCUGGCCGAGGUUUACAGGAAAUGCCUGGAGAGCAGGGUGGCAGAGGGGAUGGGGGCUGGCAACACCCUGGCUCAGGCCGCAGGAAGAACCGUAAAAACAAGGACACAGUCAGGCACAUAACCCAACAGAAUGAGGGGGACAGUCGGACAGCAUCACCGCUACCGUCCACGCUCUCCACUUCUGGCUGGAGCUACAACAACCAGGACAUUCCAGGUGCAGAAGUGACAGAGUCCAACAUCUCAGACAGUCGAAGUGAGCGUAUGGACCUCCUGGUAAAGCAGGAGGAGGCCGCAGCGGGUGAUGGGGACUUUCAGCCCGGGGAGCGGGAUGAGGGCACAGCCCAAGAGAGAGGGAGCUCGGUGGCCAACCUGCGUGCCGCCCUCAUGAGCAAGAACAGCUUGCUGUCUCUGGGGGCGGAGAUGCUCGGAGAGGAGAACUCGCUUCUGUUUGACUACCUGCCCAAGGGAGGACACUCUGUCUCCCGGCCUCGUUGCUCCAAUGGCAGCGGCAGCUCCCACCAUCCAGGGGCCCUGUUUGGUAGCAAAUGCGGGGCGUCUUCGUCUUCUCCUCCGUCUGCUCUUCCUCCUCUUCCUCUUCUACUGCCGCCUCCACCAUCCAUGCAGCGGCCCCCAGGGGCCGUCGUUCUGCCGCGAUCUGGGGGCCCCACAGACAAACUCUAUGUGGAACGGGCCCUGGAGGCCUCGCCCACUGAGGAGGAAAUGCAAGAGGCAGACAACACUCCACAUAACACUGCAGGGCUGGAGUGCGUCCAGGUUCCCAUGGAGGAAGAUCAGAUGGUGGAGGAGAAGCAUGGAGCGUCUGUGGCGGAGGUGCAAGGCGGAGGGCCGGGCUGGCAGCAGGAGCUGGCCUGCUCUCUGUUUAAUGACUUCACAGUGAUCAGAAAGAAGUUUAAGUGCCCAUACUGCAGUUUUUCUGCCAUGCACCAGUGCAUCCUGAAGAGGCACAUGCGCUCACAUACGGGUGAGAGGCCGUAUCCCUGUGAGAUCUGCGGAAAAAAGUUCACCAGGAGGGAACACAUGAAACGCCAUACGCUGGUGCACAGUAAGGACAAGAAGUACGUGUGUAAAGUAUGCAGCCGUGUCUUCAUGUCGGCUGCCAGUGUAGGCAUCAAACACGGCUCUCGUCGCCACGGCGUCUGCACAGAGUGCUCAGGUCGAGGCAUGGCUGCCCUGCUGGACCAGAAUGGCGAGGAAGUCUCCCCGGAAGAAGAGCUCUUGUAUCCUGGUGACCACCGUUUCCCUGACGACACCACCAAUGGCGACGGAGAAGAGGAGAUGAUGAUGGAGGCAGAGCUGAUGGGAGGAGGAGAAGUGGACGAGGAGAACAGAAAAUGGAGAGCAGGCUCAGGGAUGUCGCAGCGAGAUGACAGACAAAUAGACGAUAGUAAAGAGGAGAGUGACUCGGCUCUGGAAGGAGAUGCCAGGGCAGGAAGUGAAAAGGACUUCAGCUGGAGUUCCUAGUCCAAUGCCUGGAGCCUAGUCCAAGCUCAACCAUCUAAUCCUAUAAGGAGAUAUGCUUAAGAAGGGGCAAUCAUAUCUCAGUUUGUGGAAGGAGCUACAAACUGAGAGGUCCUUGAGAUGCCCACAGGGCUGCCAAAGGAGUCAGUGGAGAGUCUUCUCGGCCCCAACUCUAUGUGCUUCUGAUCCAGGCUUUGGUUUGUCGUCUUUCUUCCUACAAGGACAAACGGGUUUCUGUGUAUGUGUUUGCUAUUUUUUUCUGACAGAUUAGAUUUGAGUUGUCUUGAAGAUUGUCCAAAAUCAGUACAAUGCAUUGAUUGGGUCGGACCGAGAAAGUGUACGAAAGAUGUGCUCUUGCCAUAAGGUUAGUCGCCACAAGGUGACGCUGGCUUUUCUAUUGUGAAGCAGAACUGCAACAGACUUGCACUUUAAACGUUGACUUGAUUCCUAUCGAUUCCCUGUUUCUGUGGUUUACAUUUUUACUCCAAUUUACAGAGAUGAAUAUGGUGACCGCACCUACCUUUAAGGAUGACUGUUAUAUAUGAACAUUUGCGCUAGGUCUGCUAAUUAUAAUAUAUGCCUUGUAAUGUUGUUUUUUUUUUUUUUUGCAGUUUUUGUUUUCCUGAACAUUUAUAUUGAGGGAAAAAAUCAUGUUUAUAGAUAUAUAUAUAUAUAUAUAUAUAUAUAUAUAUAUAUAUAUAUAUAUAUAUAUAUAUAUAUAUAUAUAUAUAUAUAUAUAAGAAAGACGUUUGAUAAUUUUGUGUUUUCAACAACAAACGGAUGGGGAAGUAAAGCAAACACUAUGCAGAAAUGUAUCUUUCUUGUUCUCAACAAUCUUCAUUCUCUCUAUUAUUGGAGAGAAAACAAGUCUUCAACAGAGGAAUCUAGAGGAGAGAGAGUAGAUAAGAAGAUUUAGGGAAUAUUACUUCUCUCUGUAAUAUUUUCUCAUUAUUUGCAUUCCAUAUAGUGGACAUUGUCAGGGAUGGGCUCGGUUUUAUACAGAGGGUUUUUAGUGUGCCGUGUUUCUUUAAAAAACCUGUAUGCAAAUGUAUUUUGUCGGUUUGGUGUGGGGGUGGUGUAUAACACAAGCUAAUGUCAUCAAGCCUUUACUGAAGUGAUUUUGAACUCUCUCCUCAUUUUGCGUUUUACGUAUUUUACAUUUCCGUGCAGCCUUGCUAUUGUACUGUACUGAGUCUGCCUCUAGAACAUUAAACCCAUGUGAUUUGACAGGGAGAUAUCAUGCCUUCCCACUAAAUAUUUAAUGCGCUUUCACUUUACUUCUGGAAUAUUCAGAAAUAUAUGCAUCAGUUUUCAUAAGCAGUGAACCAGGUGUUCGGUUCAUUUAAAAUAAAAAAAAUCACGUUUUGUGUUGAGAUCAUCGGGACUGAUGUGUGCUUGUAAAGUGAAAUUGCUGUUCAUUUAUUGGGUUUAAAUGAUUAUUUAUUAAGUUUGUAUGAGAGAUUGCUUGCCUUGUCAUAUGCUUACCAUUUUGCUUGACUUAUGUACCAAUAGAGAAAGUGUGAGGGUUUACUUAGCUAGAUUUUGAGGGACCAAUUUUUCCCCAGAAGUUAGCUAAAUAUGUCUUUGGGGACAUCCACAUUUGCAAAAACUUUUAUUUUUAUUUUUUUACAUUCUUAAAAUGCAAAACAUUUUAGGCGUAGGGUUUGGAUUAGUCAAUAGUAUUUAUAAUUAGCUUUUAUAAACAAUAGAAGCAUAUGGUAUGUCCCCAUUCAGAUAGCUAAGUAAAGGUGUGUGUGUGUCUGUGUGUGUGUGUCUGUCUGUGUGUGUGUGUGUGUGUGUGUGUGUGUGUGUCUGUCGUGUGUGUGUGUGUGUGUGUGUCUGUGUGUCUGUGUGUCUGUGUGUCUGUGUGUCUGGUGUGUGUGUGUCUGUGUUGUCUGUGUGUGCGUGUGUGUGUGCGUGUCGCAGACCAGGAUAAUGAAUGUCUUUUUCCUCAUUGUUUUAACAAUCUGUGCCAGAAUAUUUGACAAUGGGAAUAAAAUACUUUAUUAUGCUUUACUUAUUAUGAUUAACAAAUUGUAAUCAUUCUGAUUACUGUUGAUAUUGUUGUAAUUAUUAACAUCAAUUAUUAUCAUUAUUAUUGUUGUUAUUAUUAUUAAGUGCUGGAUGCUAAGCUUUAUUAUCUGUUUAAUGUUUAUAUUUCCUUUCUUGAAAAACAGUGUAAAAUGUUCCAAUCUUGCCUUUCAAUGGACAGCAAGCCAUGUGGCUUUCAGAAGUAUUUAUAUUGUGCCAGUUCCAUGCAUUUCUAAGUGAUAUUUGAGAACGUUUUUUUUUUCAUUAUUAUUAUAUAUUAUUUACGAAGGAUGAAGUUUCUGAGAGCUUAACUCGCUGAUUGUGUUGACAGAAAGGUAAAUACAGCACAUGCUUCUAUAUUACUAACUUACACUAAGUAAUGAAUAUUAUACCAAAAAAAAAAAAAAUACAAAAUAAUAAUAAUAAUCUGGUAUACUUUGUAUACAUUUAGUGCUUUUGUUUCAAUUUGGUGUACUGGUGCAAAGCUUUGAUUAAAGAGUGAUUUGCUUGGUUGAUUUUUUUUCCUCUACUUUGAGAAAGCACAGAUUAUGGUGUUGUUAUGUUAUGAAGGUCUGCUUGAAAGUACAUUUUUGAACAAUUUCAGCUUUAAUUCUGUUGCUCUUGUAAACAUGAUCAAGUUUUAAUGGAUGUGCUCUACUGUAUGACUUCACUCUGAAUAUAUACUUAGAAGGCCAGCCACUGUCAUGUGGAAUUAUGGAAAGUUUAUGCUUGACAAUGAGAAUUUGUACAAGCUUUAGGACCUCAAAUAUCUUUGGCCCAAGUGCCAGGCACAAUUGAUAUCCAAAUCGCUCCAAACUAUUGGACAUUUCGCUUCAUUUUUUUCAUUUGUUUAAUUUAUUGUAUUCUUUAUCUUAAUUGAAAUAAAAAUCUGUUGGAAUUUAAAAGGAAACAGAUUAUGUCAUUUGAGUCCAUCACAAAUCCUCAUAAUCUACAUUAAUGUGGAGGCAUGGGAUUGUUUUAAAAGCAGAUAUUUUCAAAUAGUAACUUGAUUUACAAUUGAUUUAAUCCCAUUACAGAAAUGUGCAUGUACUUGAUCUACAUAUGCUUAAGGUAUCAUUGUUUGUAUUUCUUUGUGCGUGUGUGUGUGUGUGCGUGCGUGCGUGUGUGUUCGCAUUUUUAUAUAAACGCAUCACACUGGCAUUUUGCCAAUAUUGCUCUUCAUGAUUUGACCAGUGAUUUGUGUUCCUUGCUUUGCGUUCUUGUUUAGCUGUCUUUGUCUGUUAAAACAAAACUACUUGCAACAGCCUAUCAGUAUGCCUCUUUUUAAUUUUUAUUGGAAUUAUUAUACAAAUUUAUGAAAGACAUUGUAGAAAAUUCAAUCUACAUGGUAGUUAGAGUAGCUAUUUGCACCAAAAAUGUCUUAUAUUAAUAUGAAAAAAAGAGAUGCCCUUUGAGAUUUUGCUAUUUUUGCAGAGACUAUGAUUGAUUAUUUGAUUACUGUUUGUAUAAAUGUGGCAAUGAGGAAAGUUUUAAUGAUCUUUGAGGGUAUAAAUAAAUAUUUUCAGCUGACCUGUUUCCAUUGGCAUCAUUAUAGCUGAUACUUAAAUAUUUACAUGUUCCUGCUGAGUACUUUAAUAUUUGAACUCUGAUGAUCUGAUUUAGAUCACAGUAGAAAAUAAUACUUGGUCAGUCCACAUAACAGAGACUCUGCAUAGAUAUAUUCUAUUAAUAAUUGUAUGAUUUUAUGAAGCAAAAAUCUGACUUGUUAUAAAAUUGUGCACUGUUUGCUCAUAGUCUAAAUUAAAAUAUUUUGUAUUCACUGA